ACACAUGAAUAAUCCCAAUGGGCGCUGGAAUCGUUUGGGAAGGAGCGGAAGAGAUGAUGGCGAUGGUGGUGGUCCUGCGGAGGGACCGGAGAUCUUGGUCAUCAACGAGCGCCAGUUGCGGGCCUUCAUCAUCCGGGUGUACCUAUCCUCCGUAGUGCUGUGUAUCCUCUCCUCCAUUCCGUGGAUCAUAAUAUCCGCACUCAACGUGAAAGUCAAGGAGGACAUUCCUGUGCCGGCGUACGUGUGGCUCAUAUUGACUUUCAUCAUUCUCAUUGUGCUCAGCUGCAUCCGGCAGACUCCGGCACUGACCCUGCUCUGUUGGGGCUUGGUGCUGGGAUGCGUGUUCUUCAUCACCCUGUUCGGAACGUAUUAUAUGCACAUGAUGCGCGUCUGGGAUCUCUUGGCGAUCAUUUUGUUGGCCGGCAGUCUGCUGGGUCUGCUGCACUUGUACGGGGCCAAAGGUCCGGAGAUUCUGCUGCCCAACGUCCUAUGUACCUGCUGCAUUUUCCUGCUGCUCACCGUCACCCUGUUCGUGUUGGUCAUACUCUACUUGGUCAUCAAAGACUUGCGUUACCUCCUGGCCUUUGCCAUCCUGUUCGCCGUCCUGAUCCUGUUCAUGGCUCCCUUCCAGGCCCGCUUCAUUUGUGGAAGGCUGCAGCAUGUGCCUUAUGGGGAGACUGCGGAUUGCGCCCUUGGCAUUUACCUGUACUUUGCUUUCCUGGUCAAUGCAAUUUUCGUCUUUGCCCUCUACUAUGAUCACACCCAUAACAAAAACACUUAGAAUAUAUUCUUUGCAGAAAAGGA